UCUUGCCCGUGCAACAGCAGCCACUCCAAACUGACGCCUUUGUUCGCACCCACGGUGAAACCCACUGCUCCCGCUUUGCUCAACAGCUAACACCAGCCCUCCCAUCUUCUAAAGUCCAGAUCCCCCUCCUUAAGACGCAGGAGUUCCCUGACGGCCGCUCCUUUCUACGGCAGGGAACUACCCUGCCUCCUUCCGGGCGUAACAGCGGAGGCUGCGCUCGUUUUCCCACAUCCACUGGGACUGGUCCGGGGCGCCCUGGCCGGCGGGUUUCCCGGGUGGAGAUGCCUACGGUCCAGUCCCUCAUGCCCCGCCCCUCAUGCCCCGCCCCCUCGGGGCGUGCGCGGCCCCGCGGCCUUAGCGCACUCCGGGCCCGUGCGCCAUCUUGGCUCCGGAUCGUGCGUGAGGCGGAUUCGUGGGCAGCGAGAGUCACAUUCAAGACAGCAAGCAGGAUGGAGCACUACCGGAAAGCUGGCUCUGUAGAGCUCCCAGCGCCUUCCCCAAUGCCCCAGCUACCUCCUGAUACCCUUGAGAUGCGGGUCCGAGAUGGCAGCAAAAUUCGCAACCUUCUGGGACUGGCUCUGGGUCGGUUGGAGGGCGGCAGUGCACGGCAUGUGGUGUUCUCAGGUUCUGGCAGGGCUGCAGGAAAGGCUGUCAGCUGCGCUGAGAUUGUCAAGCGGAGGGUCCCAGGCCUGCACCAGCUCACGAAGCUACGUUUCCUGCAGACUGAGGACAGCUGGGUCCCAGCCUCACCUGACACAGGGCUAGACCCCCUCACAGUGCGCCGCCAUGUGCCUGCAGUGUGGGUACUGCUCAGCCGGGACCCCCUGGACCCCAAUGAGUGUGGCUACCAACCCCCAGGGGCACCCCCUGGCCUGGGUUCCAUGCCCAGCUCCAGCUGUGGCCCUCGUUCCCGAAGAAGGGCUCGAGACACCCGAUCGUGAAGACCUGCUGAGCCAGCCUGUUCUCCAGGCCUGAAUGUCUGGGAUGCUUGUGCCUUUUCUGAGAAGCCCUGUGACUGUGCAAAUCCCCAUCAAGGUUUGAGUCCACAGAAGUGGACUUCCCUGUCAUGCUUUCCCUUCCCUCUAGCAUGUGGGAAGGGACUGCUGUGAAGAGUGACAGGUGUGGGGCCUCUGCCAAGUUUCGCGUUGCUCAAUAAGGGCUUACUCUGCCUUCUACCUACAAUGCAUCUGAACUGCCUUCUGAAAGAGGUCCAGGGAGGGAUUUAGGAAAUAAAGUUUCUACCUAUUUGAUGAG